UACAACAUGGAGGUUUUCUAAAAUAUAUUGUGUAACUGUGUUUAAAAAUCAUCAUAUAAAUUACCGUUUUUAAGAUGCCUUUGGUGGUACGAGCUGUUGACCAGGGAUUUCUUGAGCCGAUGCAUGUGGAUUUCGUAUCUGGUAGUGAUGGCUCAGCUGAUAGCGAUUUUACAGUGGAAUCAACCACUCUUGAACUCGAGACUUUCAUGACGAAUUACACUGGAUUGUCAAGGCUUCAUCGUCUGCUCUUCAUCGCUAAACAUUGUCCUGCUCUAGAGCUUGAAGCCCUGAAACUUGCCCACAGUAUUGUGAAACAGACAUACAACACUCAACUUUAUUCCCAGAUCAUAACUCAGCUCAGCGAAGCAAGUGCAAGGUUGGGAAGCCAUGAGAAUGUUCAAGUGGAUACAAAAUGGGUUGAAACAAGCAAUAAAAAGGCGGCUGUAAAGUUGGAACACCUGGACUCAGAUUUGAAGACACACAAGGCCAACACAAUCAAAGAAAGUAUAAGACGUGGUCACGAUGAUCUUGGUGAUCAUCAUUUGGACUGUGGAGAUCUGAAUAAUGCGCUCAAAUGUUAUUCAAAAUCAAGAGAUUAUUGUUCAAUGCCAAAACAUGUCAUCAGUAUGUGUCUAAAUGUUAUAAAGGUCAGUGUGUUGUUAAAGAACUGGGCUCACGUACUGAAUAUUGUCAACAAGGCCGAGAGUUCAGUGGAGCUGUUGAGGGAGCAACCCGAGAAGCCCGCGAAUCUUUUCAUAUCGACAAAACUAAAGUGUGCUGCUGGUCUGGCGGAGUUAGCAUUGAAGAAAUAUAAAUGUGCCGCUAGACAGUUCUUACAAGCUCAAUUUGAUCAUUUUGACUACAAAGAGUUAAUUUCUGCUCACGAUGUUGCUCUCUAUGGCGGUCUUUGUGCAUUGGCAACGUUUGAUCGACAAGAAUUACGCAAUAAAGUUCUCUCUAACAGUUCCUUCAAACUGUUUCUGGAGCUGGAUCCUCAAAUGCGAGACAUCCUUCACAAAUUUUAUGAAUCGCAGUACGCAAGUUGUCUCAAAAUUUUGGACGACGUGAAGGACAAUUUUCGUUUGAACAUUCAUCUAUCGUCUCACGUGAACUCAUUGUACGGUUUUAUAAGAAACCGUGCUUUGAUUCAGUAUUUCAGUCCCUAUGUUUCUGCGGAUAUGGGAAAGAUGGCGACCAGUUUUAAUACGACCGUUUCAGAUUUAGAAGAUGAACUUACUAAGCUUAUUCUUGACGAUCAAAUCCAAGCGAGAAUUGACUCCCAUAACAAGAUACUCUAUGCUCGUCAGAUUGAUCAAAGAACAACGACGUAUGAGAAAGCGAUUAAAAUGGGAAACGAUUACGAGAAACGUGCAAAGUCUCUGAUCAUUCGAACUGCCGUCAUUAGCAACCAGAUUUUUGUCAAGAGCCCGCCACCACGCGAUCGUGAACCGACCGCAGUUGAUUCUGGGACACGAUAGGUGUCACGUGAGUAGUUGGGCAAUGCGCCGUAUUGAAUUCAUGUGUCAGCGGUUGGCAUCAUUAGCGACAAAUUAUAAGUCGUCGACCUCAAAUGUUAUGUGUUAAAUGGUUGAAAUUAAGACCACUAAAGACCUAAAUCUUUUGUAUAAUAUUAUUGGCGAUAUUGAGAAAAUUAAAAUGAUAUAUUAUAGCGAUGAAACUUGCAAUAUAAAGGAUUGGGUUGAGGCCACCCGCCAUA